UCAGUGCUGUAGUGCAAACCAAGCCCCCCCCCCCCCCCCCUCUGACUUCCCACUGCAAACUUAGCAGGAGAGCAGGAGUAAAGAGGAAAGUUAACAAGUGAAAAAGGCAGAAGAAGCAACUGUUAGGACUAAGCCAAGCCAUUCCAAUUGUGCAAGUUAAUUUGGAAGGAUGCUAUCAGCCGGGAGUUUUAAAAGCAUCAUGCUAACAUUUAACUUCUUCUUACUGAUUUGUGCGCUGAAUUCUGUGGGUUCAAGAGCAGAAGAUGGUAUCACCACAACCCCAAUAAGUCUAUCAGCUACAAUGGCAACAGCUACCAUUGCUUCAACAGAAGAAACAAGCUCGAGUUCAACUUCAGAACCGACUUCUACUUUAUCAACAGAGGACCCUAGUUUACUUAGCUCCAGUUCAGCUUCACAAGAAAGAGAUGGAACAAGCACAACAGCCUCAGCAGUUACUAGCCAGCAUACCCAAAUAACUACAGAUACAACUUUGAAAGAAACAGUGUCAUCAACUCAACAAGACAAUACAAGUCCAAACACUAAAAUGUUCAGCAGUUCAGACUCCAUAUCCAAUACUGGCAGUGAAAUCAGUACAACGGAGUCUACAGAAGGCACAGCAGGGGCUAAAUUUAAGGAGAGAUCAGGCAUUAGUCCUGAAGACUUAGACAACAACAAGCAUGAAUCUCAGGAUGAAAGCAGUCCAGCUCCCACAAAGAAGCCAGAAAAGUCUAAGACGGUACUAGCUGCACUGCUCACAGUGGGACUUCUGCUGGCAGCAAUGAUAAUUGCUGGGUAUUUCCUUUCCCAUAAGCAGAAAUGGAGCCCAAAACCAAAAAGACUGGAGGAAACAGAUCAGAACUGUGUUGAAAAUGGCAGCCACGGAGGGAAACUAGUGUCUGUUAACACUUUGGAGCCAGAGGAUCAACAAGACAAGUCAAACCUGAAUGGAGGGGCUCAAGAAAAUGGUAACAGUGAAAUCAGGGUAACAGCAAUGAAGAACGAGCGGUCAAAUAAACAGGCUGACACUGAACUGUAACAGGACCAUAGGAGAGGAGUGUUUUUUGAGGAAACAGAAAACAAGAUAUGAUGCUUUAUACCUGUUGGAAUACCAGCUAGAUUCACUGGAGCUCGAUAACCCAUAUUUGUCUACAAAUGCACGUAAAAGCAUGAAAAUUACUCAGUGCUGUCUUGAAGCUAGUUUAGACAUUAGCAACGGGAUUCAAAAUAAUACUCACCUCAAAACAGAGGAAAUGAGUGAACUGAGUGUAGUAUGGAGGAAAUGAAUUCAUUGACCCUGUGAGAACAAACAAAACAAUAAAAGCACAAGAAUUUAUAUUCUGAUACCAGCUGAAUAACUACUUGUUUUUCUAACCCUGUAUACAUUCAACCUGCAUCUACCACCUCAGUUUUCAUUAUUUUGCAUAUAAUAAGAAGCAGACUUCAUACUGUACAAGAUAAAGACACCCACUACCCAACGGCUUGAAUGCCUUUGAAUUAUGACUGCAUCGUGGCAUGCCACUAUUUUUCCUGUGCAUCUAGAAUUUUUUAAUUGCUUAUCUGUACAGGCUGAAUUCUCUGCAGCAAGACUGUCUCUGUCUUUUUGAAUUAUGUAAUAUGAACUAUGAUAUUCUUCAAACACUGAAUCUUUUUUUAUGGUUACUAAGCUUCUUAAGUUUUUCCCAACAUGUGCAGUGUGUGUGUGUGUGUGUGUGUGUGUGUGUGUGUGUGUGUUCCACUAAAAAUGUAUUCUUUUGCAAAGGGUUCCAACAAUAUAAGUGCAUUAUACAGUUACAGCUAUAACCACAAAGGGAAGAUUCUUAUCAAAUUUAGUAACUCAAAAUGUGUAGGUAAACAAAUGCCAAAGAUAUGGAAUAUGGGAACCAUGCUUCAACCAAAUUAUUAAAAUACUGCCUUUUUUUAAUAGUGUUUAGUUUGUUAACUUUGUGAGUAAAUGUAAAUCUACAUUAUGUCUUAAUAAAUAAUUCUAGACCAUGGAAAACAUGAAAAAACUGUUCAACUAAAAACUGUUCUGUGGAAACAUUUACAUUCCUUUGUAGUGUAAGAAUUGCUGUUUGUAUGUUGUGACCGUGUAAGAAACGAUUACAGAUUGCAAUUCAAAAAAAUAUGUAUUAUAUGCUCUCUGAUGCCAACAUGUUUAAGAAUAGUCACCUUUUUUGGCCAUCAACAAAACAAUCACCAAUUUGAGCAUACAACUUCAAUGACUGCUGACAGAAAGUUUCUCAAAAUUUUCUGCUAAAUGUAGCCUUUGGUCUUAAGAAAUAGAGAACUGAAAAACACUGGGCAAGUUUUCCCUUGUUUUAAAAGACAAUAAAUAUGCAUAAUGCUUCCAAACCUAAAAUCAUUUGAUACUGCAUGUCCCAUUCAGUGAGGUUUCCAAAGAUCUGUGUUCAACCAUAGUUUUCCCUUUAGUACAGCUCAAUAAAGAACACAGCACAAUACAGUCAUACACUUUAACUCAAAGUAUGUUUCCUUAAAGGCAUAUUUAUACUAAGUAGCUUGUUUUGCUGAAUUGCUCGAUUUUUUUUUUUACUUAGGAUCAGUGAAUCUUGGAAAAUGAGUGGGACAAAAACAUGCACUUUAAAAGUGCAUUUUGCUCUGUCAAGCAUUAGUGUGAUUUCAGAGUUACUAUAUAUAAGCAAUGAGCAUAUUGGGGGGUUGAUAGGAGACUUGCCCCCUGUAAGAAACACUUGUUGUGUAUAAUUUUAUUUACAAUUGUUUUUUUUUUCUUUUAGUUAAAUUACAUUUUGUGGUAAUACUGCUGAUAGGUUUAAGUUCUCUGUGUUUUGUUUGGGUAUACUAUAGUGGACCCUUACAUCCAGAAGUCUAAGAAUCAUGGGAAAAAGAAACAGUGUAUCUGAGGCUGCAUAGGCUUCUAAACAACUAAUUUCUAUGGUAGUGGACAAUGGGGGCUUACACCACAAAAAAUAGGCAAGAAAAUAUCCCCAGAUCCCUCUUCAUUUAGAUCUAGUUAGGUAUGGGAUGUAUAUUUUCAAUGGGGGGGGUGACCUUACCCCAAAUGCACCUGGAUUUCACAUGAUUUACAUACUUGGCCACUCAGGAAAGCAGUGAUGCUGUCAGGGUACAGAGAUGAUGCCCAUUUGUGUCAGAAUUCACUCAUGACUGAAUGGAGAAAACAUAGGAACUGAUGUCUCCUGCAAAUGUGUUAUUAUGUUUGAAGGCAUUAAUUUUGUAUGUUAUGCAAUGAAAUGACAGACUUUUGCUUUUGGAUACUGAGAGGCACUGCUGUUACAGAUACCAAGGUGGCAGCCCUCUUUGAGGACUGAUACAUCUCAGUCUGUUGCAUAUGAUAACUGAGGAGAAAAGGGUAAAAUUGUGCUAGUCUUAAUAGACUGGAACAUAACAUGUGGUCAGGCUUGCCCAACCUCAGCUGCAGAUGGCCACCAUAUCCUAAUUUCCCCCAGUGCCUGCUGUAGGCAUACUGCAGUUUAAGGAAAAUAUUUUUGUCAUGCCUUUAGAAGUACCCCGAAUUUGUCGAACUAUUUGUACCUCAUAAAUUGCCUUCUUCCUAAAAAAAUGUUUGAUUUUUUUGGUACAUUGCUUGGAUUAGUCAGUCAAUUAUGACAGUCAAAGUUCCACACAUUUUAUUGUUCAGAAAAUCCAUACUGAUGCAAAAAAAAAAGUUAAUGAAAUCACCAGAUUAAUUGAAUUAGAGUGAUAUUUAAAAAUUGUUACUGGUUUUGGACUUUUGUUCCCCCCAUUGUUUUUGGCUUUGUCCAGAAAUCUUAGGAAAGAAUUUGAGAGGCAUGAGCUCUACUAAGUCUCAAUGAACUACUAAAUAGCAACUGCUUGCACCUUUUUAGUCAGUUUUACUGGCCUAAACACCAAGCAUUUUCACCUCCUUAAUGUUUAUAGUGCCACAGCCCUGUUCUCAGUCUCACCUAAUCACCUGCAUCAUGACUUUCACCCUUCUGGUGGUACUUUAGUAAGAAAUCAGUAUCUUGCAUUGAUUUCAGGCCCCAUCCCCCUUACACCUGCGUCUUCCUCUUGCUGGUGCUGUCUUACUUUAACAUUAGUAUCCUACCCUAUAUCCAGAAAGUCUGGGGGAUUACCAGUUAACAGCCAACUAGCUCUGCCAGGGCCUUGCAUGCAGUGCAUACAACAGGCUCCUUUACAAACACACUUCUGGGCUUGUCAACAUCAGCCAAUUACAGAAGCCAGCAUCACCAGCUACCUUGGUCUCAAUCAAUAAACUCUGCUCCCCUUAUGUAAGAGCUACCCAUCCAUCACUUUAUUCCAUUCAUCCCUGCUCAGCCUCCAGCAUCAUAAUCACUGUUCAAUUCCCAAUCACCAACAAAGCAGUCAGGAGCAAAAUCUGUCUGCCAGUAGACUAGAGACAGGGGCCUCGUUCUAUGUUCUCCCCAUUCAGUCAACUAAUGCAGAGCGAUUUGAGAUGACUAGUACAUUGGUAUGCAGUAAGUAUCUACAUACAGCGCACUAUAGCCAAAACUCACCAGUCCUCAGAGCAGUAGCCUUGUACAUUGGGCUACUGACCAACAGCAUGCUAAUAUGUACCUUAUGUAGUAAUAAUGAAUGAGGUACAACAGUGGACAUGUUCUUCUAAUCUGUGGACAAAACAGCCAUGCAAAUAUAAGUACCCUGAAUAAACCAUGUACUUCCCCUAUAAGUGACAUCAGAGCGCCAUCAACAUAGUCACCACAGGCACACAUUGCAGUGUUACAUCAUCAAUAUGGCAUACAAAUCUGUCAGGCAAAGAGUAGGUGAUGUUUCCCACUCUUUGAGAGCAGCUGAACACCGGUCCAUGACCAGAGUCUGCAGACUGACUGUCUCUAGACAAACACUCUGAUACGUUACACCACAUUUUUUUUCAUUUCAUACAUUUGUAAACUGGGAAAACCCAUUGAACACAAGUGUGACAUGACAUAUUAAGCAUAUGGUGGUGGAAGAAAUCAAACCCUGUACCUUUGGCUAUAGGAAGAAGCAUGUCAACAUCUCAGAGCCUUAAUCAUCUAUGCUGUCAGAUAUCAUGCACAUUUAACAUACAUACUCUGGUACAAAAGUGGUGAUAUCAGAUGGCAAAUGUGUUAGUAAGUUUGAAGCCAUUAAUUUUGUUUGUUAUGUAAUACAAUGAUGGACUUCUGAUUUUGGAUACUGUGAGGCAUUACUGUUGCAGUACUGAGGUGGCAAAUCCACUGUUCUAUUUAGUGUUCUGCCACCAUGAGUACAGUGAUGCACUGCUCUAUAUGCAAAUUCACAAGAUUCUUCUGACAAUUACACACUACAUUUUCUGGAUAACAGAGACAAGCUCAUAGCAGCUACACGAGGUAUGCUGCAAUGUUUUCUGAGUGUCACUCCCAAUCUUACGUGGUUGUUAGAGUAGAAUUAUGCACAAUCUGAAGUAGUGCCCAUCAAGUCACCCUCCUACACAUUCAAUUUCACAGUGGCAUUUAAUUUAGUAACAUUCUGGAUGCUAGAAUCUUGUAAAGAAAUGAAGGAUUCUGUUUAGAAACACUGUUUUUUUGCUCCUUACAAUACAUAACCUAAUUUCAGAUUAGUAACUGAAUAUAUUGUUUUAAUAUUACAUUACAGGAAAUCCCAGCAGCAGCAUCUAAUUAUUAUUGUAAUAGUUUUAUAUUGUUAAAUAGUGAUCUUAAUUUUUAAUGUAAUAUGUUAGUUGUCAUGGUGCUACAAGCUGUUAUAUAAGUAGGAAAAUGUAUGAAAUAGACAAACGCAUGUCAGCUUUCUUUUGCCAAAUGAUUUCAACAGUAGCUGCUACAUCUGUAGGGAUGUUAUGUGAAACGAACAGGAAGUCAUACACGUUAGCAUGCUAUUUUUCAUUGCAGUGGAACCCCAUGUUGUUUGCUGUAUCCUGUUGGUAUUUAUCACUUUUUCUCCUUACAUCCAUGCUCCUGAGGUAACAGUGAGAGCUAUGCUGUCAGAUACAGAAAGACGUGAUAAAAGGAUGUGCCCUCUAUCUGCUGGCCAGGGCAAAAUGGGCAUUUCUAGUCGAGCAACAUCCAACAGCCUGAGGCACUUUGACUAUCAACAUCUUCCUCCAUUUGUCUAGCCUGCCCCCAGGAUCCUGUUCUCCCUAGUUCAUAAGUGAGCAGGGCAUCUUUAUAAGACGCUAAAGCAUAAUCCAGCAGGGCGUCUUUAUGGGACACUAGAGCAUAAUCCAGAAUUUAACUUCAGGGAGAGUACCAAAGGAGCAAAAAUUGCAAGGAAGAAUCCAUGCUGCUACAUCAGCUUGUGAACAUCAGUUUUAUCAGCCAACAUCCUUAUGGUAAAACACUCCUAAAAGUUCAAAUCACAUGAGUCAUGACAUUGGUGUUCAAAGACACAUAGAACUGUAUGGAAAUUAAUCUUUUUAUGUGAUGUGAAUUAAGGGUAUUAAGGUAGAGACAGUGGACUUUAAAAAAAAUGGACUUCAGUUGAUCAAGAAAAUAUAGACCAGUCUGCCCUGUACAAGAGCAGAUCAAUGAUGCCUAAUUAAUAACUGUUAAAACUAACCACUGAAUGCUAUGCUUAUCAAUAAAAUUAAAACCAGA